AUGACAGUCGAUUCACAAAAAACUCCUAUAUUUCUUUUCACAGAAUCGCCAUCACCAAGUAGUCCGUCGUCAUCAAGCAAUCCGUCACCAUCAAGACCACGCAGUCCACCAGCAGAAGGUACACCAGAGCUAUUACCUACCCCGAUUGUGCUGGAAUCAUUCGACAUAGUCUUUCAUGGUCCAGAUUUUGUUGGAAUUUAUAGAAAACUUCGUCAAACUCGGACGUUUUUCAGAGUAACCUGGCCAGAUUUAAAAUACAUAACAAUUGACGCUCAACACAGGCCAAUACAAAUGAGUGACCUUAGGGAGGGCUGUAUACUGAUACGCAAUAAAAGGUUUUUUGGAUAUUAUUCCGAGAACGAGUUUUACGAGGUACCUGAUCACAUGAAAAGACAACUUAUCUUUCCUUGA